AUGAAUGAUCAAGAUUGUUUGUUCAAAUAUCGAAAUGAAAACAUUAAUAAAUCAUCACAAUACAUCUCGAGUUUAUUAGAUAUUUCAAUUAGAUUAUCAGAUUUUCACGCGACAGAUAGAUUUUGUUCAAAACAACAUAACACUUCACAUGUUCGUUCUCAUCAUCAAAGAAAAGCACGAACACCUAUCUGCUACCGCAAUUUCCCUUUCUCAUCCAAUAAUCCUCUAAAAUAUUCAAGAAAUCAUCAAUCAACUGUUCAAUCGAAAUCUUACAAAGACAACGAACUAAAUAUUUCUGUAUCUAUUCUCAAAUUAUCUAAUAAAAAUAUCGAUUCAUUUACUUAUUUUGGUACUAAUACUACUGCUUCUGUUGGUCCAUCAAAACAAAACAAAUCAAUAAACGAUGAAGUAGAUUUUAGAAAUGAACAGCAGCAAUGUGCGCAUUCAUUUGCAAUGAUUAAAAAUAAUCAAAAGUCUAAUCUCAACUACAGUUUCAAACAGUAUGCAACUACAAUAUCAGCACCAAAGCCUAUAUUGAAAGACGAGUCUAAUUAUGCUUAUACUGUUUCUUUGAAAACUAUUUUAUCGACCAGAUGGGCAAAGUUUAAGACAUAUAAGAGCCCUUUAAGGCCAAUAAUAAUAACAUCCGAUAUUAUUCCUGCAACUAUUUUGAUAUUAAUGAUCCAUACGUCAGCAAUAAUCUUAAUAAAAAUGCCAUCCCUUUCAUUAAUGGUUCUAGAGUCAGAGAGUGUAAAUCUCUGGCAGCAUAAACCAUCAUUGUAUAUGGCUCUUACUGAUAAUAUCACAGCUGGAAUAGAUCAUCAAAAAGUGAUUCCUGAAGAAGAUCAGUCAAGAAUCUCAAAUGAUCUCACUAACCGUUUGCAUCCAAAUAAAGAUGUACAACAUACUAUAGUCGCAAGUCCAACAGAUAACAAUCUAGAAAAAAAAUUCGUAUCGGAUAUCAAUGUAGAUGAUGAUGAACGUUUGAUUUCGAAUGAUGGAAAAUCGUUAUUAAAUUUUUCAGAAAAAUUUACUUCAAAAGUAAAAAUUAAGGAGCAUCGAAAACUGAAAGACAACUUAGUCAUUGAUAAUUUAAACUCAAUAGAUGUACUUACAUCCAAUCUGCUGAUGAGUCAAACUUUCGAAAUUCUACCAACGAUUGACGGAUUCAACCAAUAUAAAUCUAUUUUGAAUUCGAAAUCUAAUUUAUCAUCGAGCCAUGCUGUUGAUCAACUUAUAUCCGAAAGAAAAGAAUUAAAAGAACGUUUCACCAUAGAUCAAGAUAUGAUUCAUUCGACAAAUUCAACUGAAUACAUUCCAUCAAUAUUUACAACUAAUUCAUUUUCAGCAAUAGACGCAACAAAAUGCAUAUUGUCUAAUGAAGACAACUUAGAAAAUACUCUUGACGAAUCAUCUAUUAAAAAUGCAAUGCUUGCCGAUUCGGAUGAUACAUCUGGCCAAUCUAUAAAUCUGGAGACAAUUGGUUUGCCUCUAUUUGAUAAAGAAUCCAAGUCAACACUAGAAAAAAAUCAAAUUCAUGAGAAUGAUGGUGGCGUACAAGUUAUAAGUAAAUUACUCCUGUCAUUAAUCUAUUAUUCGUCGUUUUUUCCUCAAGAUCUUGAUCAACAUGAAAUCACGCUGUUAAAACAUUCUAUAUCACUUCAAUCAAACGCAUCUCUUUCAAAAACACACGCAUUAGCAUUUCUGUGUCAACGGAACACUCUACAGAGUGAUAAAGAUUUACCCGCACUGCAUGAUGUAUCUGUGCCAAAUUCUAUCCACUUCGAAACUAAAAUACAACAAAAAGAAUCAAAUGAGGCUGCUGACGAAUUCCCCGUCAUGGCAACAUCCCGAAAGCCAAUCAACAACAUAAACGAAUAUAAAGAGUUAUCAUUGAUUUUCCCCAAACACGCUGGUCGACGGAAGCGUCUUCGAAAACAGCAACACAACGAACCACCGCCAUGGAUUUUUCCUAAAGAAAACUCGACAACCUACAAUCAUCGUUUCCGACGUCCUCAGUGUAAACCGUGCGAAUGCAUUUGUACACCACUUCCUACGUGCUCGAAUGUAACAUCACGCUCGUUUAUCGAAGAUAUUCAUCCGUGUGAUACAUAUUCCAUGCAUUGA